CUAGAAUAAUCAUCCGAGUACUAGCGAUAAUAAACAUCUUCCCAAAAGUUUAAACUGAUUUUGGGGUUUACCAAGGAUUGAACUCUUGACCUUUUGAAUCUAGUGCUCUAAUACCAUGUCAUGAUACCACUCAUCCCAAAAUCUUCAGCUGAUGAAAAAAAAUAACACUAAUGAUUAUAUCUCUAAUACUCCCUAAACCUUCAUUAUACACAUUGUAUAAAUAUUCCAUUAGCUUCUCAUACUUUCCCUUUCUAAUAUACUAUAUAUUAUAUUCUUUCAUGUUUGAAAUAUGGAUGAAAAGGAAAUUUACUAGCUCGGUAGAACCAAACCUCAAUAAUAAUAAUGGAUGCGGUGGAUUAUUGUAUACGACGCCGUUUAAAGCAAAAGUUGCAACAUCAACUGAACCAACUAGCAGGAGAAACAGCACAAGAAGCCAUUGACUAUGAUCCAAUAAUUCCUAUGAUGAAAGUUGAGGCACAAGAAGAGGGGUUCAUGAUAAAGGUGGUGAGUGAAAGGAAUUGCAAGGGUUUGCUUGAGUUCAUAUUGGAAGCCUUUGAAGAUCUGGGUCUUGAUGUGCUCCAUGCUAGGGUUUCUUCUGUUGACACCUUUUCUCUUGAAACAUUUGGAGUUAAAGAGAACAAUGAAGACACACGGUACAUGGAUGCACAAUCAGUGGAACAAGCAGUGUCUCAAGCUAUUCAGAAAUGGAAGAAAGUGAAUUAAAGAUUGUGUUAUUACAUUAAUUAAUUAUACUAUUUAAUUUCA